AAGAUUUCCAAGAUUUCGGGAUUUCUUAGAUUUCACGCGAGAUUUUUCAAGAUUUAUUCAGAGAUUUCCGGUAAAGCGUACGAGAUUUCUGCAAGUGGCGGACCUGACAGGCCCGCAGAGGAACUCUCAGCCUCCAGUGCCUUCUAUAUUCCAGAUCAAGACAAAGUCAAUAUCCUUUUCAACAAAGCUCUAAGAAGAACAUGCAAUGUGUCUUCGUUUUAUUGGGUCUCUGUCAAAUGAUUGUUUCAGCUGCAACACUGGAUGUUUCUGUGGUCAGGAUCAAACCAGAUCCUCUGCAGGAUGAGUUUCCUUGUCCACAGCAGAUGAUGGAGUUCAGGUGCCAGAUAUUGGUACCAUCAUUUGCAAUACAAUGGACUGUACCAACCGGUGACCAUCUGGAUUUUGGUCAAACAGAUAACAUUGGGACUUUUUACGUUUCAUCUGAUAAUGCAUACAACGCUACUCUAACAGACAGGACAGGGGAUCCCAAUAGCAACAAUAGGUUCUUCUUCACAUCAACUCUACUGGUGUUGGUGCCAGUAAAUGAGUCAAACCUGACUUGUGUGGGAGUCACUGGAGCCGAUCCAGUCAAAGAGAGCACUUCAAUCAUUCUCAGUGGUACCCCAGACCCUCCCAAAAAUCUGGGUUACAACGAUAGAGUUGUGAUAGAGAGUUCAGUGGAUCUCCAGUGGACCAGACCUUCCUAUACUGGGGGAGUGGCUGUAGUCAACUACAGAGUCAGCAGUACCAGUGGUGUCACAGUGACGGUGAAAGACACCAGCGAGGACGUGAAGUAUUCUCCUGGUCUUGUCUAUGGAGAGGUUCAGGUCCUAGCUAUCAAUACGUGUGGUCUGGAAAGCCAGCCAGCAGUUAUCAACAUACCUGCUAAAGCACCCCCACUACCUAACAUUGCGGUUCAGUUCACCUGUGAAUCCUUGCCAUGGACAAUUGAGUUGACAUAUGAAAUGGAGGAAGGAGUGGUCUAUCCUAAUAUGGAUUUCAUUCUGAGUCUCACUCCCACUGAUGAGACUGCCAGUAGUCACAUGUUCUCCUCCGGAGAUCCUGCCUGUUCUGAUGUCACCUCUUAUAGCACCUACUGCAAUGUGAAUGUCCCCAGAGAUGUCUACAUAAUCUCUGUUAAUCUCACUAAUGAUCUUGGUUCAGCUAUAAACAGCAGCACAUUUGACACACGGCCUGUUAUUGUGGAAAAGGAUUUGAUGCUGACUACUCAGUUGCUGUUGAUUGUGACUGUGAGAAAAAACGCACUGUGUCCAGAGACUAAGUCUCCAGUUCUGGUAACAUUUGGAACCAGAGCAGUGACUGGAGGAGAGUGUGAGAUCCAGCAGAAAGCAACCGAAAUGAUCAUCUCUUCUGGAAACUCUGCCUCCUUCUGUGUGGAUGCUGCGUCUAUCACCUUAGGCCCUGAUGAGACCAUCUGCUUUAUAAUCAGCCUUGAUGGAGUGCCUUGUAUGUUACACGGAAUGAUAAGUGUGUAUUUGAGAUUUUACUUUUUCUAUAUACAGUUAUAUAUGGCACUGGCAAUGCCUCUACAGCCAUCACUACUAGUUGUAGUAGUGAUGAAAAUGGCCUCUCGGUUGAUGCUGUUGCUGGUAUUGCAGUAACACUCACUCUGCUGGUGGUCCUGCCAGUGGGUGUGGUUUUUGGCUGCUGUGGGAUGUGGUGUCUGAUGAAGGCUCAAGGUAGAAAGAAGAGAAGAAUGGCUCCACCACUGUACGAGGAGCCAGUAAAACCUGUUUUUUCUCUGACUGAGAACCAAGCAUAUGGACAGGUUGCACGUCGACAGACGACCAGCUGAAUGUAACUUGCAACGGGAGCUGUAGCUAAUAAUUAUAAGUUAGCUGUGUGAAUCGUUCAUGUUUUUUUACAUAUUACUUAGCAAUGACUU